AUCAUUGGUGAAGUUGCAGUGCUGGUGCUCAGGGGUCCCUCUACCAGCUUUGGGAAUAGAUCACCGGUCCCCACUCAGGUCCUCUGCCGUAUGCCCUCACAAUGCUGCGACUGCAGCUGCUGGUGCUGUGUGUCGCCCCUCUGCGGCUCUGGGCUCAAGAAACUGGUCCAGUUCAGGCCUUCUGUAAUGACCGAGAUGUCGAGGACUCUGUGGAUUUGGCUCUCGUAACGUUUAAUAAGAAGCUCCAGUACGGCCAUCAGUUCGCCCUUUACCGCAUAUUGUCGGCCUUCAAAGCUCACAAUGAGUCAGGCACAUCGUUCACAACGAAUUUUGAAGCCAAAGAGUCUGAUUGUGUAGUUGGGGUCGACAAAGUGUGGAAAGAUUGUGAGUACCAGCCAAAUGACAAGAAACCACUUCAGUGCAACGCAACAGUGCAGAAGAGUAACCUUGAGGGAAAACAAGAGGUCAUAUUUGUUGACUGUCUUGCAGUUGAACCCAAGGUUGUUGCUGAACGUGGACCAUGUCUGGGUUGCCCUGAAAACAUCGAUAUAGACAGCGAGGACGUAAAGGGGCCGCUGAUGUAUUCCCUGGUUAAAUUUAAUGCGGAAGAUGACUCGGAAUUUCACUUUGUCGUAAAUGAGAUCGGCUCAGCCACAAGACAGGUCGUUGCAGGAUUAAGGUAUGACCUUCAGUUUGAAAUGGUCAAAAGCAACUGCUCAAAGACUGACUUCAAGGAGCUAACAGAUGAGUGCCAUCCUGUUCAUGAAAAUAAGGAGUUUGCCUUCUGCAAUUCCACUGUUUUUGUUGCUCCUUGGAGGCAUGAAGAACCAGAGACGCACAUUAAUUGCAAACCUGGUCGUCUUGUGACAUCCUUUGUGAGAAGGAGACCUCCAGGAUGGUCUCCGCUAAGGAGCAUGCAGGCGAUUGUCAUUCCUCCAACCCAAACUGCAGUGCCAACCUUGGCAAGUCCAGAAGCCAAAGAAGAGUCUUCAGAGGAGUCCAAAGAGAAAAACAGCCCACCACCCUCUCCGGCUGAGACCCAGGCUGAAGAUCCACAUGCUACCCUGGUGCCGUUGAUAGCUGAGCCUGAGAAACCUUUCCACUGCCCAUCGAAACCCUGGAAGGUGUCUCCACCCAAAACCAUCGCUGCUCCACAGCAAAUCUCCAAACCUGCACCAGAAGAGGGGGACUUCUCUGAUUUAGACCUGUUGUAAGAAUGCCUCUUGUCGUAUUGUAGACAGUGCAAUUCUUGUACAACUCUCUUCAUGUGACGUUUUUACAAACAAUAUGAGGCUAUUUCGCCCUGUAACUCAAAUAAAGAAAUCGUGAUUGACAAAACAUU